AUGCGCGGCACGAGAUUCUUGUUGCUCCCGGCGGUGAUACCAGGCGCCUUCUCCGCGCUCUGCACGCCGCUGGCCUGCUCCGUGGUCCACGUCUUCCUCGUCCGCGGGACCGACGAGCCCUCCCCGGGCCGGCAGCUGCCAGCCGCAGAGGCGAUCUGCAAGGACUGGGACUGCUUGUGGUCCAACAUCGAGUACCCGGCCGUGUUCAACGACCACUGCGAGUCCGCCGAGACGCGCAUCGCCAACCUCGGCAAGGCCGUCACCGACUACGCGACGCGCUGCCCGGACGCCAAGAUCGUCCUGUCGGGCCACAGCCAGGGCGGGCAGGUCGUGGGCGACUACCUCGGCGGGGGUGGAGGCAAUGCCAGCUCGUGUGUGCAGGAGACGAGCGAGGGGAUUUCUCCUGGGACAUUCCCGGCGGAUCACAUCAUCGCAGCGUUGAUGUUUGGUUCACCGCGACACAAUGCCAAUCAGUCAUACAAUCUGCUGGUUGGAGCGAGAGCAACUUCUGCCUGGCCAAGGGAAGGCGAGCAACUCCGGGCACUGAACCUCUGGUCUGAUAAACUUCGCGACUAUUGUGAUCCUGCGUGCGCCGGAGGAUCCAACUGGACCGCCCAUGAGAACUAUUUCGAGCUGUACGAGGACGAUUCGGCACAGUUCGUGAGGUUCAAGGCCUGCCAAUGA